AGAGACCUCGUUGGCUGACACGAGUGUACGUCAGCACCUAUCACUGCUCCAGUAAAACCUUCCUCGAGCCUCUGGCGGUCACACCGACGCAAGUGUUAGAAGAAGUACCAGUUCCAAUUUAUGCCCGGAUUAACCCACUGAGCAUCCACGAGUGACACGAUUCAGUCAGCGAGCACGAACAGGGACUGUGAGAGGAGCGCUUGAACUUUUACGCACAGCUUUUUUUUUGCUCUGGAUUGUCCCGGCGCGCUUUUAACGUCCACCUUGAUAUCUUUUUUUGGACAACAUUGCCCCCUGUAUUCUUCGCAUCUCGGAGUUUGCAUUCAUUUCAGCAUGAUGCCCUCGCACCUGUGCCUGCUGGUGUUAAACUGCUUCUUGGGUGCCGCUUCAUCGGUCAGGGUCACGAAGGGGAGAACACAGGACAGAAGCUUCCCCCUGUCCGCGUCGGAGCCGCUCUCAGAUGACCUGGAUCAGGGCAUGGUCUUCCAGCACAUGUCCAAACUGUACGAGAAAUACAACAGGGAAAACCGCCUCAGGGAGGGAAACACUGUCAGGAGUGUCAGAGCUAUCCAAGCCUUCUCUGACCACAGGACGGUGUACCAGCUGAACCUAACAACCCUCCAAGAUUCAGAGGUCAUCCUCUCCGCCACAUUCCACUUCCUGCACGAACGGCACUCUCACCAAAAACCCUGGUUCUGUAAACGCUUCAGGAGCCCGUCCUGUCGUCCCUCGGCCACCCACCCGUCUAUCAGCCUGCUCUUUCACUCUAUCUCUUCUGGGCCAGAGGUUACAUCUAGGUCGCUGGGGUCAUUUCUAGGCAAUGUGACCUUUCACCCCCACAGGAGAGGGGUGUGGCAGAUGAAAGAUGUGACCCAGGUCAUAAAGGAGGCAUGGGACGAGGGUCAUCGCCUAGUGUCAGUGGAGCUGGACUUAGGGCAGCACAACAAGAGGAAAACAGAGGAGGCGCUGUCUGCUGGUGACCUGCCGUACCUGUUAGUUUAUGCUGAUGAUCAAGCGCUGGCAGAGCCCAACAGCGUGGCUGCAAGUCUUCAGAGAUACGACCCCUUCAGCGAUGAAGGAGAGAUCACACAGUCUUCUCAGCUACUGCACAGACCUAUCAUCUCUCCAGAGUCAAAAGAACGUGUGAGAAGGGAAGCAGCUCUGCCCUCUGACCUCAUCCAGAACAAUGAGCUGCCGGAGGUCGACUACAAACCUGAUGGAUACAGGAAAGAUGACCUUUGGGAGAGCGCGUGGUAUCUCAAACUUAAGCCUAAAUCAGGAAGGAAGGAGGAGGAGAAGAGAAAGAGCCAAGAUGAAGAAGCUGUGGUGGAGAGCAGAGGAGAACACGACGGAGAUCAACUUCAGGUUCUUAAGGGAGGAGGGAGAACAUCACACGACGACUCGACGGUGAAACUAUUCAAGGACAGUCGCACACGGACUAUUAGCGAUGGGCGAAAGCAUGAGAGGAGGAACGAGGGAAAGGAUGUAAAAAAGCACAAGGGUCGCUCUAACACUCAGUCACCUGUCCUGAGUUUUGAUGAACAAACAAUGCGUAAUGCCAGGAGGAGGCAGUGGAGCACCAGUCAGCACAAAGGCUGCUCCAGGAGGAACCUCAGAGUAGAUUUCGCUGACAUUGGCUGGAGCGAGUGGGUCAUAGCACCCAAAGCCUUUGAAGCUUAUUACUGCGCCGGUACAUGUGGGUUUCCUAUGCCCAAGGUGUCGAGGCCGUCUAACCACGCCACCAUCCAGAGCAUAGUGAGAGCAGUUGGGAUAAUCCCUGGGGUUCCCGAGCCCUGUUGUGUCCCAGAAAAGAUGAGUCCUCUGGCUGUGCUCUACCAGGACGAAUCCAGGAAUCCAGUGCUGAAGAUUUAUCCCAAUAUGUCCAUCCAGUCGUGCUCCUGCAGAUAGAAAGUGGAGGAGGGUGGAUGAGGAGAGGAACACAAAACAGGACUAAUGGAGACAGAACCAUACAUCUGCUUGAGUUGAGUGGUUUCCUGAUCCUGAGAAACAAUGUCACUUUGGCCGUCGUUAUUCCUCGAGGAACAUAGGCUGUAGAGAAAUCACUUCCAUCUCUCUCUUGUCCUGCGGCAGCAGAAUUGAAGAGACACAUUGUCUGGCAUCUGCUUUAGCAAGAGGAACAGAGUUACACAUGUAAAGGCAGGGCUCCACGUGCCUUAGAAGCCCACUCGUUAUGUGUUUGAGAUAAUACUGACUGUCGAUUUCAUGGACAGGAGAAUUUGGAGAAUGUUUCUGGGGUUUUGUUUUUUUUUAUCUCUAAAUAUAAUAUGCUGUUUUUUCAGUGAGCUCACUGUGAGUUUGUGUUCAUGUUUUCUUUGGACACAAAGGUUAUAGAUGUAAAGUUUUUAUCUGUGUGUCAUCAGGCAGCUCACACUGUAACACAGAGAUGGGAGAUUAAGACACAUAUUUUGACAUUUUUACAUACUGUGUCCAGCUGUUCUUACGUGGAAGCCAAUCAUACGCCACAGUGUACAUACAAUAUAUGCAAUUCUUGAUGUGUUUGCGAGACAGGAAGGCUAUUGUACAUUCUCGCUCUCGAGGAAGUAUCCAGUGAAUCACAGAGGGGCAUCUGGAGUUCAUUAACGCUCAAACCAGGAAAAUGGUUCAAUUAUGAAUGUGACACUUGGUUAAAAAUAAUUUGUUUAGGCUAUGUAUUAUUAUAUAUUUUAGAUGAGAUGUUGUACAUGUGUAUUUUUAAAUUAUGAAAAGGUAGCCUUCUGUAAGCUAGAAUAAAAAGUAAUUUAAUCAAU